CAAACUUCCCUGGCGCGAGGUAUCUUGGGACACACUAUGUCUCAUCUGGGCUCAACAAGCCAAAAAUAUGUUCUAACCAACUGUGGAAUCACAUGACUGGGCCUUGACCUGGGCAGUAUAAAAUGAAGUCAAAGGUCCAUGUUCCGAACAGCCGCAAAAGACCACAAAACUUUUCGACUCCUCGCUAUCUUUUCAUCAUGACUUUCAACGCCGGGACCCUUCUGAUCCAUAUAUCCCUCUACAUUGCCUCCUGCAUCGUUGAGUGGGUCAUAGGCCGUCUCUGGAUGGACGCUGGAUGCCCUACAGAUGAAGGGGCGUGCUUCAUACUCUUCGUCCCAGGCUUCAUUCUUGUCCCUGUGCUCAGCGGCUUCGCCUGGUUUGCAGCACUCGACACAUGGGGCAAACACAGCUCACCGUCGAUUCCAAGCGAUGCGUACGCCGCCGCAAGUAUCCUCGGAUUUUCCGUCACGGCCUCGGUUGCCACCACCAUGAAGGCGCGCAGGGGUGUUUGUUUCAUGACUGGGUUAUCAUUCGCCAUGGGAGGCCUUGCCGGUUUCUGCAUCCUCGAAAACAGGCUUGGGAUUAUUACAUCAAUCAUAAGAGGCUUGGAGGCCAGUGAUCGGGGGCCGCCGCCCAAUUGACAAGUCGGCAAAUUCCCCGCAGAUGGCUAAGAAACGUUUGUGCUGAGCAUUUUUCACAGUGUCGGCAGGGGGUUCACUAUCCCACCAUGAUUUU